CCAUCGAUUGCUAUCAUCUCGCGGGGUACUAAGCAGACAAGGCGAACCAGUUGAUUAGGCUGUGUGUCUUCACAAACUGGAGUAGUUGGGAGAUAUCAUUCAUAACCAACCACCACGGAACUCGACGGUCAAUGUCGGUUGGAGUAGUAGUAAGUUGGAAUAAAGCCAAGAGCUGUCGAAUCAACUGUGGCACUUUUCCGCGAAGUCACUAACUGUUGGUUGACUCAUCGAAAGUGCAGACUAACCAGUUGGCAUCCGCUCGAUAAUUGUGACUCGUAAUUGCAGAUGGGUCACGGCGCAUAAUGAGUUACAGUGUCUCCAGAUGUAUUCACUCUUUGUCUUACUCGAAAACUUCAGUAUUUUUUUAUACAUAUCUUCUGCAAUCUUCUCGAAACUUACCAGAGUGGCUAUCAACAUAGUCCAUAAUAUAUUAUUCUUCUUGAGUAAAGACGAACUAGCUUCAUCACUAAUUUGUCGCUAACUUGCCAUUUUAUGAGUCAAUCAUAUUAACUACCAAGAAGGUAAUGUACCAAAGAUCAAAUGAGUUGCAGCAGUUAUACUUGAGUAGAAACAAAAGAUUUUGUACGUACAAAGAUAAUUUUUGUUCAGAUGCACUCUGUAUCAUUCAAAGGGGCUAUAGAUUUCACGUAAUUUUUUUAGGAUUAUACUCUUUUAUUCCAUGAAACGGGCAAAGCAAGAAAGAGAACUAACAGAUGAAGAGCGUAAUGUCGUAAUAUCAGUACGUCAUUGUGCGCGAGAAUUGGACGAUAUCUUACAGGGUGCACGUCGAAAAGCCCAGUCGAAUCCCAAAGUAUUUGCGGAGACAGGAAUUAGUGUCAUGUUUAGAGGUGUUGACUCUUAUGCGGAUAUGUAUGAAAAGUUAGGUGUAAAGUCAAGAGAUGGAUUAGAAAGAUUAUUUUCUAAAUUUUCCGACUGCGAAGAAAUUCAAGAUACUCAAGAUGCAAUUGAAGAAACUGAAGGAAACUGGAGAAAUUUUCUAGUUAAUCUUGAUAAGGAGGUUACGCGUGAUGAGCAUGAAAGUAAUGGAGUUAACUCAAUAUCUAGACCUGAGAACCUUUCUGAUUUGGGAUGUGAUUACUUAUUCUUACCAUCAUUACCACUUAUUGACUGGCAAACCAAUCGCGAGGUUAACUUACAAGAUUUUGUCCAAAAACACAUGUGCCUUGUAGUCAUCUGUCAACCUGCAUACUGGCCAGAUACUGCUGUUCGUUGGCGUUAUUCAGAGGUAUCAAAAGCCCAGUGUGACCUAUCACAGUUCAACGUUGGAUACGCAGUUGUUACAUGGGGCCCAGCAGAUGAAGUACGGAGUUGGUGUAAGCAAGUUAAUCGAAUCACAAAAUGGCCAGUUUUAUGGGAUAAAUCAGGCGAUUUCCGAGCUAAAAUUGGAUUUAAAUCAGGUUUACAACGUGUAUGGGCCGCCGAAAAUCUGGAUUUUCUUGGUUGUCAACGUUCAAUGCAUCAUCGUCCCAUAAAUCCACCGCCAACUAAUCUCAACUGGUCGGAAUGGAAGCAAAUCGGUGGCGAAUUAGUUUUAGCUCAGCCUGUCUUAUGGAAUCCACAAAAGACAAUGAAAUCUAACAUAUAUGUAACAACGCAAACAGGUGUAAAACAUAAGCACAAUACUAAUGAAAGUGAUGAAGAAGAUAGAUCCAAUGAAGAAGACUUGCACUCAGAAUCACUUAAAGUAUCAAUUAGAGAGGCCCUUCGUGAUAAAGAAGCGAUGGGUUCAAAACAGGUCAAAGUUUGUGCAUUGCAUCUGAGUAGUCGUAUUUCUGAUCUCAUGCCUUCAGGUUCGAUAUAUCAAGCUGCUUUAACUUGUUAUGCUCGUACGCACAAUACUACAGAAAGCGAUGUCAUGGAUAAAAUUAGGAGAGAUCGCAGAUUUUCUACACCACCUGAGUCAGCUCGAUUACAGUACGAAGCAACUACGGGAUUAUAUUAUGACCCAGAAACUGCUUUAUACUAUGACCCACUAAGAGGUUAUUUCUAUGAUUCAACGAAUCAAAUGUAUUAUUAUUGGUCUCAAUCUGAAGGACGAUAUAUCUUGGCCAAUGCAUUAAUCCAAGCUGAACUUGCUGCUGCGCAUGUAGCUCAAGCAGUAGCAGCCCAAGCUGCCGCAGACAAAGCUAUGGCUGAGCGAGAAGCCGCUAAAAAGGCGGCCAUGUGUGUAGCCGCGCAAUUGGCGGAGAUACGUGCUGGUAAAGACGACUAUGCUGCUUAUGCGUACGCAACAUGUGUAUUACCUCAACAAGAACCAAGUGAUCCAGAUUACAAAGAGAUUUCUAUGGACAGUGGUAGAUUUUGUACCGCUUAUCAAAAUACAACAGCUGCUGCAAAUAAUAUAGAAUCAUCACUAAAAGCAUGGAAUACAAUCAAUACUAACAGUGGUACUGAGAUUUUGUCGUCUAAACCUCUUGUUCCUUAUACAGAUGAUAAUACAGAAACUGAUCAUUGUAGUUCAACACCACCACCGCCAGGGUUGUAA